GCCCGGGCAGCGUUGGGCGCUUCCCUUCCUGCAGCACCGAGAGCAGCGCGUAUCCGCCGUCCACCAUGGUCAACUGGACCACCGAGGAGAAAAGCACCAUCUGCACCAUCUGGAACAAGGUCGACGUGGCUGCCGUUGGCGGCGAGUGCCUCUGCAGGCUGCUGAUCGUGUAUCCCUGGACCCAGCGCUUCUUCAUCAACUUCGGGAACUUGAGCACCGCGGCGGCCAUCUCGAGCAAUGCCCAGGUCAAGGCCCACGGCAAGAAGGUCUUCACCUCCUUCGGAGACGCCGUCAAGAACCCGGAGAACGUCAAGGAGAUCUUCGGCAAGCUGAGCGAGCUGCACUGCGACAAGCUGCACGUGGACCCCGUGAACUUCAAGCUUCUCGGCGACAUCCUGAUCACGGUGCUGGCGGCCCAGUUCGGGAAGGAAUUCACGCCACACGUCCAGGCCUGCUUUCAGAAGCUGGUCGGGGUGGUGGCCCACGCCUUGGCCCACCGGUACCACUGAGCCUCCUCCGGGAGCGGCCGCGCCCGCCCCUCGUCGCCUCCGGGGGGGGCCUUCCAGCCCCGGUUAACCUGCUCAAGCAAUAAAUGUCACCUUUUGCAGACUGAA